CAGCGCAGCUGUCGUGUCGGGGCUUCAGGCUGAGCCCGUGGUGUGACUGAGGCUGCCUGCAAGGGGAGCCCCUUUGUGCUAGUGGGCUGAGCCACAAGGAGCUGGCACCCAGUGCUGCAAGGCUCCACGUCCCCUUUGAGUUCCCCGCGCGCCCAGUUGCCACUCCACUCCACCCCGAGGGCUGUGCAAUACUCUCCGUUGGCGCUUCCCGCGCGAUUUUAGUACUGACAUAGGCACCAGCUCUCCUACAACGCGCUGGAGUUGGACAUUUGGUCUCUAGGCAGCUUGGACUCCACAUGGAGAUCGAUUUAAAAUGUUAAGAUAUAUGGGUUUCAGGUAUCUCUUCACGUGCCAUAUUUGCGUUGUGAGAGAUCUGUUUUUCUGUGCGCAUUCUGGCAGUACGAAGUCAAAUAUUUUCAAUAGCAAAGUCUGUCAUGGACCCGUUAUUAGAAGGAGGAAAGGAGACUCAUCCAUAUGCAUCGAGUUUACUAUCCCUCUGGAUGUGGUUGAAUAUGUAUAAAGCCACGAAUAAAACCUUAUUUGAAAAUGCGUGUGAUUCUGCUUAGUGACUGGGAAAUAUUUUGCCUUUGGGACUGCAGCGUUGAUACAAUGUACACGGACAAUUAACACAUUCAGCGCUGACUACCCAAGGCAAUUUGCAUAACUGAAAACUGCCCCCUUUUGUUUGACUUUAUUCCAGCGAUGGCUCUGAUCGGAGAAGAGGACUACACCUAUAUUUACAACGAUCUUUCUCACCCUGUGGACUUCCUGCAGGCUUUCAGAACAUUUUACCGGGAUGGCUUAUUUACUGACAUUACUCUUCAGUGUGCGUCUGGUGUGACCUUCCUUUGCCACAAAGCUGUUUUAGCUGCUUGUAGCAAUUAUUUUAAGGCAAUGUUCACAGCUGACAUGAAAGAAAAAUCUAAAAAUCAGAUCAAACUUCCUGGGCUCAGCCACACUAUAUUGGAGGCUCUUGUGAAUUAUGCAUACACAUCACAAAUCCAAAUAACAGAGAGAAAUGUUCAAAGUCUCCUCCAAGCUGCGGAUCUACUCCAGUUUGUGUCAGUAAAGAAAGCCUGUGAGCAGUUUCUGGUAAGGCAUGUAGAUACUGUCAACUGCAUAGGGAUGCACUCCUUCGCAGAGUAUCACCUUUGUUCAGAGCUAGAGAAAGAAUCUAGGAGGAUAUUGUUAUCAAGAUUUGAAGAAGUGUGGAGGCAGGAAGAAUUUCUGGAUAUCAGCUGUGAGAAACUCCUGUUUAUUCUCUCCAGAGAGAAUCUCAAUGUUUGGAAAGAAGAGGCAGCCAUAGAACCUGUAGUUAAAUGGAUAGCAUAUGAUGUGGAGAAAAGAAUUGAAUGCAUUUUUGAUCUGCUGAACUGCCUCAAAAUAGAUUUAAAUGAAAUAUAUUUAAGAUCAGCCUUAAGCUUACGAAAGAAACACCAGCUUAAUGAAAACAAGAUAAGGUCUCUGAUAUACAAUGCAUUAAACACCAACCCAAAAGACAUUUCCAAAAGGCCCACAGCAGCUGUGUAUGUGAUUGGAGGAUAUUACUGGCAUCCUUUAUCAGAAGUCCAUGUGUGGGAUCCUUUAACUAAUGCUUGGAUACAGGGAACGGACAUGCCUGAUCACACAAGGGAGAGCUAUGGGGUCACUAGUUUGGGACCCAACAUUUAUGUAACCGGGGGCUAUAGAACUGACAACAUAGAAGCCCUUGAUAUUGUGUGGAUAUAUAACAGUGAAACUGACCAAUGGACAGAAGGCUGCCCCAUGCUUAAUGCAAGGUACUAUCAUUGUGCAGUUACCUUGGGUGGCUGUGUCUAUGCUUUGGGGGGCUACAGAAAAGGGGCUCCAGCACAAGAAGCAGAAUUCUAUGAUCCUUUAAAAAAGAAAUGGGUUUCCAUUGCAAACAUGAUCAAAGAAUAUGGAUUGUGUUCCAUUGCCUUACAAAACAAGCUCUAUCUUGUGGGUGGACAAACCGCAAUCACUGACUGCUAUGACCUAGAACAAAAUGAAUGGAGGCAGAUGGCGCAUAUGAUGGAAAGAAGGAUGGAAUGUGGUGCAGUUGUCAUGAAUGGAUGCAUCUAUGUAACAGGAGGAUAUUCCUAUUCAAAAGGAACAUAUCUGCAAAGUAUUGAGAAAUAUGAUCCUGAGCUUAAUAAAUGGGAAGUAGUCGGCAGUCUUCCCAGUGCUAUGCGUUCACAUGGUUGUGUCUGUGUGUACAAUGUCUAACACAAUCUGAAUAUUAUAUGUCUGUUGCAAUAGAUAAGCAAAUACAGUAUCUGUACCAGUACAGAAUACCUCUUCAGCAAUGUAUUUAGUACAACCCAUCUCUCACAUUUAAUAUAAAUCUGUAUACAAACCUGUAUUUAUUAAAAUUCACUUCAUGUAAUAUAAACGCUAUGACAAUACUUUUGUAUAAUUUAAUUUUCAAAAUAAAUUCACCAGUUAUUGUUUGUCAAAAAGGUUUACAAAUCAUCUUUACAAAAUUACUCCUUAUAUGUCCACAGGAAGUAUAUGUAAAAAGACUAAUUUGUAUUAAUUAACCACUGGAGGGAACCAUGCUCAAGGUUUUGUCACAUUGCUAAGAGGACUAAAAAACAAAAGAUUUUGCACUUCUAUGGACUACUUGGUUUUCAAGUGAAACAUUUAAUAAUUUGAAUGUGGCUAUUAACACUUAUUGUUUAGUGACUGUCACAAGCUGAUUGACUUGUUAGGAUAUUUUGCUAGUCCGCUUUCAAAUUCCCAUACAAAACAUAGAAGGCGUUUGCCCUAGUGCUCUAGAAGUAAAUAAUGCUCUAUGAUACUAAAGAUUCAAGUUUGAGACAUGUGUUCAUUCCUUUAUUCCUGUAUUGAAAAGGCACUUAGGGAGCAAUGGGAGAGGGCCUCACAUUGCUCCACAAUGACCUCCUCUCAAGCUGAUUCAGGAAUAUUGUUGAUUCACUCCAGAUAAUGCUAUAUCCUUGAUUGCAGGAUUGGUUAAGAUACAUGUAUUUUAGAGUGGAAAAGACUGGCAGGGAUUCUAAUGGACCCUUUGAGGUACAAACACCUCUGCUACAGACUAGAAAAACAGAAUUAUAUUUUAUAUAAUUGUUUUCACACCAGGAUCUCCAAAAGCACUAAACAUGAUUUAGUGAGUGAGGCAAACACAGCAGCCACAGGAACUCAGCAAAAAGUUUAGAGAUAGAAUACUGAUCAGGACACUAGAUUUAUCCAUUACUCCUUUCAGAAGUGUGAUCUGGGAUCUUUAACUUCUGCCUGGAGAGCUGUCUGAGAUGAGCAGAAAAAAGAUCAUUUUAACUAUCCAAUAUUGCAUUGUGAUCCCUACAAUGCAGCAAGGUAGUUUCAACACAGCAUAAGGUACUGGUACAAUCCACAUGAAAGAUUUGAACGUAUGACCUUCUGACUCAGACAUCAUCAGUCUUCUUACAAAUGUUUUGAGGUAUAAAAUGUGCCCUGUCACAUUCAGGGAGCAUAUACAAGAUGUAACGUUUGUUAAAUUGCAUUUGGUUGACUGUUGAUCAUUUCUUCAGAGGUUUUUAUGGUGUACUGUUACUUUUAACAUGGGGAGUUUAAUUUUGCUUCUUUUUCCCUGUCAUGCACCCAGAUGUCAUGAUAAUAAUGUAUACAACAAUUUAAAUAAUAUAUACAAUAAUUUAAAUAAAUAUACACCUACCUCACAGGGUAAUUAUUAUACUCUCUUUUGUUUUCUUUUUGAGUAUCACCACUGUAGUAUCUGGACAUGUUUAAAUAGGCAUUGAUGAUAUGAGAUAGAUUGAGAGUAAAAGGUAGAAAAAUAUUCUCCUUAUUUACAAAAAAUUGUAAGUAUAUUCUAGGAGAUUUCAGAGCAUAUAUGCCGCAAAUUUGUAAUUUUCCCUCUAAUCUGUAAAAAUUUUGAAUUCUUUUUUUUUGCUACCCUCUUAUAUCAUCCUACUCUGUUUAUUGCAUUAAGCACUAGUAAGCAUAUUGCACUAAACUCUGAGUUUCAAUUUAAAACAGUAGAUUUAUUUACUUUUGUCUUGGUGUUCGCAAACUUCCCAUUCUGAGGCUCAUGUGCAUGUAGGGAAUUGUGAGCUAUGCUUAUUUAAAGUCUGGUGGAAAGCUAUUGAAUGAUUUUAAUAUAGUUUGCUUAAAGAAAAUAAAAUAUAAAGAACCCUUGA